AUGGUGUGCGGCCCAGGCACAGGUCAGCAGAUUCGGCGGGGCGCCUAUACUGUGGAGCUCGAUGCGGCGUAUGCGUAUGCCGCGGCAGCCUUUGUAAUCAGGCGUAAUGACCACAUCCAGCACGUGAAGGAGCUGACGGACGAGGAGAAGGAGUGCCUGGAGGGGUGUGUUCGCGACGACGUGCGUCAUCUGGUCAAGGCACGGAUGUGGUGGAGGUGGCGUCAGUGGAGGACAGCGCUGGCAGAGCUGGGCAUCGAGCCUGGUACUCCAUUCCCACUGGAAAACAGUGGCACGCGGUCGUCGGACAACAGCAGCAGCGAUGAAGACGUGCAAGUCAGGAUGGGUCAUGGUGUUGAGACGUCAAGCCGGCAGGUUGACGGAACAGCUGCUUCCAGCGGAAAGGCUGGUCGCAGGCGCAAACGUCCUGUUCAAGACGUGGUCGAGGGCUCUGCACGAGUGGACGGGGAACCUGACGCACCUCCGGCGCCAUCAUCGGACGACGAUCCAGACGUGGCUCUCCCCAGACGUAACCCAGUCCACGCUCAAGACGAGGAUGGUGCGGAAGCGGAGAACAAUGCUGAUGCCGACGCAGAAGAGGAUGACGCCGGCGCGAGGCGUGAUCCCAAUGACGCACCGGUCACUCGUGAGGAGCUGCAGAGCAUGAGGGAGCUCCAUGAGGAGACGGCACGUGCGAUUGCAAGGUUGGAGACGGCGUUCACUGCGAAGCCCAAAGAAGACGGCAGUGCUAAGAAGAGGAGGAGGCGCAAGCGCGGCUCCGGCAAGGAAAGGCGCCGGAAGGCGCGGCGGGCACGCUCCACGUCAGAGACGGCGUCCGAUGAGGAGGGGGGGUUCGACGACGAGGACGAGGGCCACCUUCGUCACUCCCCAUCUGCCAUUAUGCAGGAGGCGCUUGACCUACUCCCGACCGACAAAGGCUGGAAGGAAUUAUGUGAGCAGGCGCGCACCGAGCUGUUCGUUCGGCGCUCCAACGCACAGCUGACGUUCUACCCCAGCAGCGCCGCCAAAACUUGGGCCAUCUGUGCAGUCGUGGAUAACCUGACGGAAAGCUAUGCAAGCGUGGCUCUCGCGGCGUGCAAGGCACGUCGGGUCGACCUGAACAGGUCGUGCAGCGACUGGAAGACAGCGGCGGCAGGGAGAGUCCGAGGCAUCGGGCUGCCGAAGAUUGGACUUUUUCGCCACGAACGAGACAUGAAGAGUCCAUGGGCGACCAAGGCGAGGCGCACCCUCUCCCGGAUCCGAGAUAGGGUCGGCCUUGGCGACGUUCCGGCGGGAAAGCUGCGGCUGUCUAGCUGGAGUUGCUCCCGUGAAGGGAUGCCUUUCGCAUCUGGGGCGUUUACGGCCUGCGCGCGUGCGGUGUUCAAGCCAAGGAUGGUCAACGGGACUGUGACACUGAAGCUCUACCACGUGGCAUGGCUGGAGCACGUGAUGCGGUCAAUCACUGGGAGGAGCGCCAGGGUCGCUUCGCCAACCCAAUCCGCGAGCACCAACGCGCAGAUAGUGGACGGCCUCCACGUCCUUGUCAAGGCUGCUAUUAGGGCCGCCAUCGCGGAUUUCCGACCAGCAUAUGACGAGGCGUCCCAAAGCUGGGAGUGGGGACGCCAUGGUCUCCGCAUCUCGGCCGACGGCAUCGCCGCCGUCGAAGCAGUGACGGCAGAGGCAAGCGUCAGUCGCGGUACUCCGCAGGCCUAA